GUUGUGCUGGAAGUAAGUGGCUCCCUGGGCCAGCCCUCUCUGUUCUACCACCUUGGAGUGAGGGAGAGUUUCAGCAUGACGAACAACGUGCUCCUCUGUGCCCAAACAGACCUGCCUGACCUGCAGGCCCUCAGGGAAGAUGUCUUCCAGAAAAAUGCUGAUUGCGUUGGAGGCUACACUUUCAUCCCCUACAUGGUGACAGGUCAAGGACGGGUCCUGUGUGGCGAUGCAGGCGUUAUGAAGGGGCUGGCGGAUGGAUUAUUCCAGUCGGGGGCAGGCGCUGAGGCCCUCCUCACCCCCCUGGUGGGCAGGCUUGUCCGUCUGCUAGAGGCUAUACCCACCAACUCCUGUGGCUACUUCCGGGAGACGAUGCGAAGGGACAUCCGCCGGGCCCGGGAGCGCUACUCUGGGGACCAGCUGCGUCAUGAGUUGGGCCGGUUGCAGCGCCGACUGGACAGCGUGGAGCUGCUGACCCCCGACAUCAUCAUGACCCUGUUGCUCUCCUACAGGGAUGUGCAGGACUAUGGGGCGAUCAUCUCUCUGGUGGAGACGCUGCAGGCCUUGCCCACCUGUGAUGUGGCUGAGCAGCACAAUAUCUGCUUCCACUACACCUUUGCUCUCAACCAAAGGAACAGGCCUGGGGACCGAGACAAAGCUCUCUCUGUGCUGCUGCCCCUGGUGCGGCGUGGGGCCGUGGCCCCCGACCUCUACUGCAUGUGUGGCCGGAUCUACAAGGACCUGUUCAGCAGCUCGGGCCUCACUGACACUGGCCACCGCGAUCAGGCUUGUCACUGGUACCGAAAGGCCUUUGAGACGGAGCCUAGCCUUCACUCGGGCAUCAACGCGGCCGUCCUCCUCAUCGCGGCCGGACACCGUUUUGAGAAUUCCGAUGAGCUCCGACAGAUAGGGCUGAAGUUGGGAUGCCUGCUGGGCCGCAAGGGCAGUGUGGAGAAGAUGCAGUAUUACUGGGACGUGGGCUUCUACCUGGGCGCCCAGAUCCUGGCCAAUGACCCCAUCCAGGUGGCCCUGGCUGCGGAGCAGCUCUACAAGCUGAAUGCUCCCCUCUGGUACCUGGCCUCGGUGAUGGAGACCUUCCUUCUGUACCAGCACUUCUCCCCAGCCCCCCAGCCCACAGGGCCCAUGGGCCAGCGGGCGCUCUUCUGGUUGGGCUUCCUCCUGCACUCCUGCCAGCCCUUUGCUGCCACGGAUGAAUGCCCAGUGCUGAUCCUAGAACUGAACAAGGUGCUGCAGCCAGCCAGGCUCCGGGUACAGGAGGGGGACCCCAACGUGGCCGUGACUUUGAGCCUGCUAGAGUCUGAGACAGAGGCUGCCGGCUCUGGCUGGACCUUCCCCGCGGCCUCCAUCCGGGGAGUCAGCAUCUCCAAGAGGGAUGAGCGCUAUUGCUUCCUGUACGUGCUGCACACAGCCCAGGACUUCCAGCUGGGCUUUCCCAGCCACCAGCACUGCCAGUGGUUCUGCAGGCUGAUCCAGACCUUCGUGACACAGCCGGUGCUGCCUGGAGAUGAGGGGAUAGCCACCAAGGAGGUGCUGGAGUUUGAAUAUGAGUACACAGAGACAGGAGAGCGGCUGGUCCUGGGCAAAGGUACCUAUGGGGUGGUGUAUGCCGGUCGGGAUCUUGGCACCCAGGUACGGAUCGCCAUCAAGGAGAUCCCUGAAAGGGACAGCAGGUUUUCCCAGCCCCUCCAUGAGGAAAUUGCCCUGCACAAACGUUUGCGCCAUAAGAAUAUUGUCCAGUACCUGGGCUCCAUCAGCCAGGAUGGUUUCCUCAAGAUUUUCAUGGAGGAGGUGCCUGGAGGCAGCCUGUCUUCCUUGUUGCGGGCCGUGUGGGGGCCGCUUCAGGACAACGAGAGCACCAUCAGCUUCUAUACCCGGCAGAUCCUGCAGGGGCUGAGCUAUCUCCAUGACAACCACAUCAUACACCGAGACAUCAAGGGGGACAAUGUACUGAUCAACACCUACAGUGGGCUUCUCAAGAUCUCGGACUUUGGCACCUCCAAGAGGCUUGCAGGCAUCACCCCCUGUACGGAGACCUUCACAGGGACCUUGCAGUACAUGGCCCCCGAGAUCAUUGACCAAGGCCCCCGCGGCUAUGGCAAGGCAGCUGACAUCUGGUCUCUGGGCUGCACUGUCAUUGAAAUGGCCACUGGACGACCACCUUUCCAUGAGCUGGGCAGCCCACAGGCCGCCAUGUUCCAGGUGGGCAUGUACAAGAUCCACCCCCCAGUGCCCAGCGCCAUGUCUGAGGAGGCCCGAGCCUUCAUCCUUCGCACCUUUGAGCCUGAGCCCAAGCACCGUGCCAGUGCCGCUGCCUUGCUGAAUGACCCUUUCUUGCAGCCCCGGCGUAGAGCCCGAAGCCCCAUGUCAUCCCACCCCAGCCCUCAUCCGACAGGUCUCCCACCAAUCAGUCUAGCUUCCUCAGCUGGGCAAUCACAGACGGUGCCAUGUCCGGGUACCACUCCCCAGACCAGCCCCAUGCCCCCGAAGCGCUGCCUCAGUGAAGGAGGAGCCCCCAACAGCCAGCUUCGGGUGCCCGAGGACUCCAUUGCAGAGCAGAUCUCAUCACCAGAGGAGAACCCACAGCGGUCCCUGAUGCGUAAGGAGAGCGAGCGGAGGGCCAUGCUGGAGCGAGUCCUCAGCCAGGAGCUGCCCACCAUAGUGGAGAGCCUUCAGUGGGCACUGAAGCAGGGCCCCCUUGGGCCACAGCUGAGCCGAGAGCAGAUAGCCCAGCUGGUGAGAGGCCUCCAAAGCUACAUUUGCUCUCCCAGCCGCCGACAGCUGACACAGGAGCUUCAGGCCCUUCAGGAGCAGCUUCAGGACCAGGGACACAGCUCAGCAUUACUCCAAGGACCCCUUUUCGCUUUCCAGGAUGCUGUAAAACGAGUCCUCAGAAGGCAUGAAAUCCGGCCCCACUGGAUGUUUGCCUUGGAUGGGCUGAUGAGCCGGGCAGUGCGGGCAGCCCUGGCUGUGCUGGGGACAGAGUUAAAGAAGUCAGCUAUGGGGGUGCCUGAAGAUGGGAGUGAGGAAGAAGAACAGGAACCUGGGCAAAGGGGUGUACCACCCAGGAGGGUACACUCAAGGGUGCCUGAACAGGAUUCCCUGCCCCUUUUGGCACAGCUGAGCCUCCUACGGGCAGAGACAGGCAGGCUCCUAGGACAGUUGGCAGAGAAGGAGAGGCAAUGCCAAGCAUUAGCCUUCAGGGCACUACAGCAUGCAGAGGAGACCUCAACUGUAACCUUAGUCCCUGGGCCUGCAGAGAUCCCAUCAGCCUCUCCAGGAGACCCCGAGCUGUCCCAGUGGCUGCAGCAGCUAGGUGUAGACUCAGGCACUAUCCAGACACUCUUGAGUCACGGUUUCACCUUACACAUGCUGAUUACCUGUGCUAGUCGAGAUGACCUUGUCUAUACUCGGAUCAGAGGCGGAAUGGUGUGCCGAAUCUGGAGAGCCAUCAUGGCACAGAGGGCUGUGCCAGUGCCCUAGACUCCCACCUCCCAAAGACUCAGGAUGUGAUGGACACAAGCUCAGACUCAUAGAUUUCAUGGCAGCCAGCAGCCUCUCAUGCUUCCAUGCUAUCUGAUAUCCUGGGGCCCAGGAGGCAGCACUUCUUCAUGGUGGGCAGAGGCACCCUUUCUCCACAAAGUAUUGGGAUGGAGAGAGCAAGAGAGCAGGGGUAGCUGAAGAGAAACAGGAUUAACUGCUCUGGGAGCUGACCUGUCCCUAGGAGGGCUUGGCCAAGGGCAGUGGCCAGGCCGGAACCAUUAAAGAGGACACUUUUGUA